GGUGAAUUUCUUCGCUGAGUGGUGCGUCCACUGUCGGAAGUUUGCCCCCAUGUGGAAUGAGGCCGCUGGCAGGAUCAGUGAGAAGAUGCAGUUCCAAGAUGCUGAGGGGAAGCAGACCACUGUGAAGUUCCUGAAGAUGAACUGCGUGGAUUUUCAGGGAAAAUGUCAGGAGGAGAAGAUCCAAGCCUUUCCCACCAUUCGGCUCUACAAGCGCGACGGGUCCUUUGAGCAGUUUCAGAACAAGAGAACGGUGAAGAACAUCCUUGACUUCAUCACUCAUACUGUUAGGAAUAGUCACUUGAUGGUGGCGCAGCAUCACGCCAUCUUCGACCAGGGCUGCCAGGUGCAAGGCAGACUUUAUGUGGCGCGUGUUCCAGGGCAUUUCGGCCUUCAGGCAGAAGCCCACGGCGCGGUGAACGUGAACCCUGCGCUCACCAACGUGUCGCACCAGAUUCGACAUCUGUCCUUCGGCAUGCAGGAUGCCAAGGGUUGGGCCGAAAGGCAAUCCAUCCCCAAAGACAUGCUGCAGAACAUCCAACCUUUGGAUGGUCGAAGUUUUAGCGUAGAUCGCUUCCACGAAGCGCCACAGCACUAUCUGAAGGUGGUGAGCACCAAAGUGCAAGGCAAGGAGGGAGUCUUCUACCAGAUGACGCACACUGAUCGCGUGAGAAAGCUUGAACGAACCAGCGACAAAGCCACGCAGGCCCGAUUUAGCUAUGACUUCUCGCCCAUGAGUGUGGUGGUCAAGGAGAAAUCCAAGAAAUGGUAUGAGUUCCUGACGUCGCUCAUGGCCAUCUUGGGCGGGACCUUCACCAUCGUGGAACUCACCAGCGGAGCCGUGGAGACGGUGGGCACGGCUGUGAAAGACGCCUUGGGCAAGAAGAACUAGUGGCACCAGUUGGCCGUGAAUGGUUGCCAUCCCAGCGUCC